GCCGCCUCCCACCGCCCCCGGGCUGCGUGCGGCCGGCGCCUGGGCGUGGCCGCGCUGUGGACGUGGCAGCACGGCCGCGGCAGCGCAGCCGCCAUCGCGGUGGGUUCCAUGUGGAGUGGGGGCAAGUAAAGCCGCGGUCAGGGGCGGAACGGGCCGGCUGGGUACGGCACGACUCUCACCUCCCCACAGCGGCGUGGCCGGUGGUUGCUGAGCCUGGAGGGAGCUGGGCGGGGGCGAGGAGAGGAGGGGCCGGCGUGGGGCUCCCCGCCGAGGGCGCCACGCCUGCGGUUCGUUCCACAGGGCCGCCCGCGGAGCAUGGCCGGCAGAGGCGCUGGCAGCGGCCCGCAGCCGUCCGCCGUGGCGCCGCCGCUCGCCGGCGGUCACUUGUACCCCUUCGUGAGCACGGAGAGCGAGGGGCCCGAGGAGGAGGGUGAGCUGUCGGAACUGCGGCCGCGGGGCAGGGAGAAGGUCCGGCGGAGCGCGUCGAGGGACAGGCUGGAUGACAUAGUCCUGCUGACGAAGGACAUCCGGGAAGGGGACACGCUGAACGCGAUCGCGCUGCAGUUCUGCUGCUCCGUUGCAGAUAUCAAGAGAGUUAACAAUCUUAUCAACGAUCAAGAUUUUUUUGCCCUGAGGUCUAUCAGAAUUCCAGUGAAAAAGUUCAGUGUAUUGACUGAAACUCAUAUAUCUCCAAAAGGAAGACCAGCUCUUCGGCCUGCUCUGUGUUCCCCAGAAGUACAGGAAACAUCUCUUUGUGAUAAAUUCUCUGCUAAUGAGACUGCUGGCAACUUCUUAAAAGAAGUCGAUCGAGAUAUAGAAGAAAUAGUGAAGUGUAAUGAUACAAAGAGAGAGAAUCUGAAUGAAGUUGUUUCUGCUUUAGCAGCCCAACAGAUCUGUUUUGAAACUGAUGGUAAAACUAAAAAAUGCAAGGAUCCUUACUAUGGAGCAGACUGGGGUAUAGGAUGGUGGACAGCAGUAGUGAUUAUGUUGAUUAUUGGCAUAGUAACUCCAGUUUUUUAUCUCCUGUAUUAUGAAGUUCUAGUGAAAGCAGAUGUCAGUCACCAUUUUCCAAUGGAAUCUUCCCAUUUGUUUGUCACAGCAGUAUCACAUCAGAAAGAAACAGAAAAUGGAAUAAAUCCAACAAAUAUUAUGAAAGUUGAUAAUCAAGGAGACCUUCAGCAUUAAUAGUGGAAGACCCUAGGCAACUGUUGUUUGUAGAUACAUAACAUAACCUUAGGUAAAGGGGAAUCCACAGAAUGCAAAAUGCACUUGGAAUGCAGAGAAGUGUACUGAUGUGUGACUUGCCUUUAUGGGCAGUGUUCCACUACAAGGAUAUUUCUGGGGAUCACAUAAUCUCUGAAUAUGCCUGAGAUAGGCAAUUUACAAGACUGGGGUGUAUAUUAAGGUAUGAAGUCAUCUCUGAAGCUUUGCACUUUUUUCUAUUCUGAUAGGCAUGUUUCUUAAUUAAUGAUGAGGUGAAAAAAUAUAGUUCAAACUAAUACACAAGGAGUCUGUGUUUUACAGCCCAGAAGUGGGCAUAUGGGGAUAGCUAACUUUUAAACAUCUGAAAGGAUUUACAGAAUUCAUAGUACACUUGACAUUUUAAUAUCAGGUUUACAGUUCUAAGUUAAAGUGGUGUUCUCAUAAUUUAAUCUUUCUUAUAGAGUAAGAUUUCUUUUAAAACGGAGUCAUUCCAUAAUUAAUAGCCAGCAUGAAGUUCUUUUUUACAGAGGCAGUAGCCAACACUUAAACUGGAAUCUUGAAAUCUUGUGCCUAUAGUCAACCCAUUCUUUAGUACUUUUCAGUAUAGGCACUAGGGUAAUUUGUUUUCUCUGUGAUUCUGUGCCUCAACACAGUCCACUUAGGAGUCCUCUUGAAACUUUACAUUCUUCCUUGGUAUCCUCCUGAAAACUGACUGGACUGCAUUCUCAUCUGGUCACCUGUGUGUAGAAUGAAAGAAGUGCUGAAAUGUGGCACAUUGCUGUAACUGCCCCAGUAGUCCUUAUUUUCUGCUAAUAGAUUUAUCUUUUUCCCCUUCCAGUUUAUCUCAGUUCACAACCAACUGAUUCUUCAGAUAGCAGUCAUGUGGGUACUGAGCAUGCUAAUACUGGUCUUGUGCCCAUGAACCUCAAGCUCUUAACAUUUUCCUGAAAUGUCCUAGAAGACUUCAAAUUAUAUUUAAUGCCUGCUAGCAAAUUUGAGCAGAAUAGACAACUUGUACUACAGACUUGUACUUUACAUCUUACUGUAUUUAUUAACCAAUCCCCUCAUAAAUGUUUCUCUUGGAGUUUCAUGAUCAGCCUUGGUUUUUCUCCUCUUUUUCUUCCCCAUCUAAAAAUGCUUCAAGAUAAAAAACAAACAAAACCCCAUAAGAACAUAAAUAAAGCCCCACACCUCUGGACUGUUCAUACAGAAAGGAGGUACUUGUGUACUCAAAAUACUUUUAAAUAGAAACUGAGAUGGUGCCUAUAAUUAUUUUGGUUAUAUUUGCCUUGUGGAGUAAGAAUUCCAUUGUCCUUUUCAAAACAGUAUUUAUUACCAAAACCCAGGAUAACAAACUUGAUUAGGACUUAAAAAGAGAGAAGUGGAAAAACAGACAGCAUCCUUUAAACUACUAUUGUAAUUUUUUCAAUGAGUGUCUUAACUAAGUAUAUGCAGUACAAAAAGGUAAAGUGAAUGUGUUCUAUUGAGGUACUCCAGAAUGCUUUGUGAGAUUCUGAGAGUGAAGACUUGGGCCUCAUUUAUUCUUGCAGCACCUGUUUCCCCAAGAAGUGGAGCAAAGAGUCUUCACUGACAUGCCAAGUGUAUGAACAAGAUUUGCCUAUAUACAAGAUUUGUAUUAUAUUGAAACUGAGGCCAGCCAAAGCUUGAAGGAGGAUGGUGUAAAGUUAAGUGCCUGAACUAUGUUACUGUUGAGCCUUUUGAUUAAACGGGCAUCUGUGGAGAUAGUGAGCCUGCUCAUAGUCUCCACACUAGAAAAGGGAUUACAAACAGCAUGAACUUGAUGGUCUGCAUAACACUUGUUUUCAAAGAUCCUUUCAAAUAGUAGUUAUUUUCUUUAAGAGAAUAUGCCAGUAAGACAAACAUAAACACUGAGGUAGCAGUUUUAUAUGAAAAAAUGCUUCACAAAAUAAUUUAUGGUGGCUAAAGCGAUACAGGUCUCAUGGUUAAAACUUUAAAAGGUGACUCACUCAGACAAGAAAGCUUUGGCACAUAAAAUCAAAUGUUUUCUAUAUAGGAUGAAAUUUGGUAUAUAAUGCAUAAUUUUUUUGCUGCAUAAUUUUAUUGUUUUGCUUCUUCUCCCAUCCUGUUGCUGAAACUCACCAGUUCUAAUACUUUAUCCUUCCAUUUCUUAUGGAUUCAUCAAAGAACAUUAAAUUAGCUAUUGUGAUGAUGCAGCAUAAGCCUAAUAUAUAGCACAUACCUGGACUGAUGGUUUCUAAAUUGCUGUUGGUACAGAAAUGAAUUUAACUGUCGUUGUGGUUUGACUAGGUCAGGAAGGUCUCUGACCUGUUGAUGUAUGAUGCAGAGGUCUGUGGUGGUACAGCUAAAGAGUCCUCUAGUGUGUCCCAGACUUUGGGCUUUUACAGUGUCAAAGACCUGUGCCUUACUGGCACUGAGUUAAGGGUGAUGUGCCUUCAUUUACCUUAAAAUAAGCAGUCUUCAGAAAAACACAAAGGAAUAGCUAUUUUAUGUGACCAUAUUCCAUACCAGGAGCCUGGUAUGUUUUUACAUAUAUAUUGUGUAACAUAUUUCAUACAGUACAUUUUUAAUUAGAGUUAACUUUAUCAGAAGAUACAGUAGAACUCUUUUCAAGACUGUAGGACUCCUGAUCCUGGUAAUCUACAACCAUCAGCUGGCUUGCCUUGCUGCAGAAUGUGGGGAUCUUUACAGCUUUUUUCCAAAGUACAACAUAGCCAGUAAUUCAUCAUCACAGUCUGGAAUAAACUGGAUAACUGCUCUGUGAGGAACUUAAAUCUUAUCCUAGAUAAAAUCUGUGAAGGUAGUCUUCUAGAAACUGACUUCUUAAACAAACAAAACCAAAGACAAAUAAAAAAAGAACCCCAAAAGCAAACAAAAAAGAGCCAAAACGCCCACAAACAUGGAAUAAUUGAGUUGUAAAUGACCUUUUGGAAUAAUUGCAACACAUUCUGUUUUAAACUUAAGUGCAUAUUGCACUGCUGGAUCAUAUAAAAUCUAAAUAUUUUAAGUCUGGUAUACUUCGGAAUAAGUUCUCACAAAUAGUCUUUGUAACUUGUAUAAGGGCUGAACAUUCAACUUUGUGAAAUACUUCUGAGUGAGGAUGCAAGUCUUAUUUUAAAUACUUCUGCUCCUCUGCUUUUAGAAAAAUGUAAGUAAUAUAUGUAAAAUAAAGAUUUUAUUUUAGACUGCAGUGAAAAUGGUGCAUCUAAUAUAUUUUUAAUUCUAAGUAUUUUGCAUGUUUUAUUACAGCAGGCUACUACUUGUUUUUGUUUAGGCCAAUUUUUGUGUAUAAUCCACAAUAAAAAUCCUUAGCCAGCAAGUACUUUGUUGGCAGCAUUCAUAUCUAGCAUACUAUAAUUGCAGCCUUUAUGGUUUAUUCUGUUCAUGCCUUGUAAACUUUGAACUCCUCUGCAUAAAUUUUGGAGAACAUUUUAGUUCUUAGGAAUAGGUAUGAACAAGUAAGGGAGGAAUCAGUGAAGUUCUUCGACGGUGAGAUGACACUGAAAGCAGUAUUCUUCUGUGGUAUAAAUUAGGGUUUGAAUAUAUGCAUGUCCAAAUUUGAAGUUUGCUGCAGACUAAAGAACAGUCAUAAGUUUUAUUGGCAUUAUGGUCUUGCAAUAAAUUCUAAGCAAUCAGAAAAUCAGCUUCUAAGCAGAGGUGCAAGUAUUACACCUCUGGAAGAGCACAAUCUGACUGCUUUUCAGAAGUGCCCUGGCACUGAUCUGUGUCCUUGCAGAACUUGUUCCUAACUGAUGGCCUUAUUUACCAUAGCUAAACUAAUCCUGGAGGGUCCAGCCUAAGACUUUGCAAUUCCCUCUGGAUGACAGAGGUGACUACAGUUUACCUCUUAAAGGACUCAAAAAGACCUGAUUUUUACCAGAGUAAUAUUUCUCAACAGUGCAGUAGGAAGGCAGUUGCCCAUUAGAAGAAAGAUGAAUGGAGAAAGUAAUCGGUCCUCAAGAAUUGCUGUCUGCUACAGAACAAGAUACUGUACUUGUUCAGGCAAGCCACAACUUGUCAACAAAUUGUUACUCGUGCAGUAACUUUUCUAGCAUCAAUUUUAUGGUUCCAUCUAUUUGCAUUUCUUUUGUAGGGAGUAAGGAGUCUCACCAUUCACCUUGCACAGGGAGAACAGCUAGCAGAAGCAGUUACAGUCACGGCAAGCAAAUUUAAUUUUCAGCAUCCUUGCCUCAUUCACAUCUUCUGUGUUGUGUAUAUCAGAAGUUCACAGAAUAAUGCAGAAUUGUUUCCCAGUCAUCAGUAAUGUGAAACACUUCUUUAAAAGAAAAUAACACUUCAAAACCAAGCAACAUAAAAAGCCCAAAACCCCUGAUCAACACUAAUGUAGUAACAAUAAAAAAUAGUAUUUUUUACUAUCAAAAGACAGUAAGAUAUAGAGAAUGUGCUGUCACAACAUUCUUCAAGCAUCUAAUCUCAGUAAUAAGUUUUCAACACAACAGCUGUUUGUUUUCAAAUAAAAAGGAUGCUUCCAAACAUUAAGCUUUGGCUUUUUCUUGGCAUUCUCUUAUUUUUCUAAUUAAGACAUCAUGCAUUGGUCCUUCCAAGUCAGUUUAUGUUGAAAUGCAUAGUUGUCAGUUAUUUUCAGUUACUUGAACUCAGAAGUUACUUAAAGUUCUUCAAAGGAGUCAGCUACCAACACGCAGCUUAUGUCCAUAAAGGCUCUGUGUCUUUUUUUUACAGUGAUCAUCAAGAAUUUCAUUAUUUGUUUUAACAUUUUACUGUUGAGGCAUAGAACUGACUAGUGCAAAUGCUUAGGCACAACUUCAAGUAAAAUGCAUACUUUUUUUUUCUGUGCAGAGGAAACACAAUGGCAUACAGCCUACUCUAUCCAUAGGCGUUCCAGAGGACCUUAAAAAGGCAUGUCUGCAAAGCACUUAGCAAAAGAACAAAACAAAUUGUUCCCUAGCCUCUUUUACAGAAUAGUACAAUUAAACUCCAGUGUGUUUUUGGAGAGUCUGCUUAAAACCAACAGAGCUAAAGCAUUAAGUCUAUUUAUACUCAGCCUAUCUCCGUAAUUCUGCUUCAUGUAGUGUAAGGCUUGAGCAGUUUAACACUUAGAAACAACAGCUACUAUGUUGCUUCAACCAUAUUGUCAUCACUGACAACACCAAAGCCAUCCCCAUCUUCAAAAUGGGAAGAAACAUAGUCAUUUUCCUAAACCAACGGGGAAAAAAUCACUAUAUGUGUAGAGAAGACAAUUUAUAGAAGAAAAAUUAUUUAAACUGCACUUGAGCACCCACACUUUAAAACAGUAAUAGAUUAUUGGGAAAGAAAAACGAAAAUACUGUAAUGAAGUCCUGUUAUAUAUGAAACAACAGGCAUCACUGUUUUCGUGAUAAAAAGGAGUAAUUGUGUGUACUGAUUGUGUCAACACAUUCUUAUGUACAAGAUCUUUUUAUCAGAGCUCUUUGUGAGUAAUAAGUCUAGAACAGUCGCUUAAAUUUAUAAUACAAUGUGGUGCAACAAAGAUAAUGAAUGUAAUAAUUUCUCCCAAAACAACUCUACCUUAUUGGGAGCUUGGGACGAUCUGACUCUGUAUAAAUAGGAAAACUAACAUUAUACCUCUUCAUGCUCUUCUUCAUCAUAUUCCUCUGUUUCUUCUGCUUCUUCAUCAUCUUCACCUUCUUUGUCUUUUGUCUUUCUCAUCUUCAGGUUUUUCUUUUUCUUCAUCCUUCUUUUCUAGCGCCUGUCACAAGGCAAUCUUAACAAGGUAAUCCCAUGUUACAGCAACAGCAUAUCCUCCACACUACCAGAGUUGAGAUGUACUUAACAGCAAGACAGGUAGUGUAACAAUGCUGUGCAAAUGUUGUGUGUCAACAUUUAAAACAAUAUGAUGUGAAGCACAAGAACUUAAUAAGGAUUUACUUGGUCAAGAAUCAGCCAUAAAAAACCAUGUCCUGUGUAAUAAACUGAGAUGACAAUUCCCCUAUAUCAUCCACUGUUAGAACAGUUGACAGAAGACCAUGUCAUACUUGAUAAAGCAAUACCACAUACUGUAUGUAAUAAUAUAACUACUUUAAACAACUGGUGGAUCACCAGGAGAAAAAAUAUGAAGCUGUUUCACCUUAAAGGUUCCCACUGACACAUGGAAAGUAACUGCCAACAAAACAGAGGUCAUGUCCUAAGUUUCUGUAUGUUUCUUCUCAACUUAGUAAAUUGUUUUAUGUUCCAACAUCAAUAGAUGGGUGAAACAGCAACAGAUUUAAAAACACUGGCACUAGUUCCUCCUUCUGUAAGCUCCAAUAGCAGCUCUACUAUUUACAUUAGACUAUGUUGCUACCCAGUGAAGAGCAGUUGGUUGUUGUGUUCAGGUACAAAAAAAAGCAAAGAAAGUAGUUUUUCCACAGCCAGACUCGUACCCAAACCCUUGUGCCACAAUGCUGCAGAACAGUUCUCUGUCAGAGUAGCAAGACAAGACCAGAAAAAGUCUGUGCAUGUUAUUCCAUUUGUACUAAUAAACAUAUUAGGUUUCAUUUUCCUUCAAUGUCUAUUGGAAAAUUUAGAAAAAGUAUGCAUACCUUACUUCAAUUUUUUUAAAUGACAUCCAGAUUACUUUUAGGCUCAGAGUUUUUUGCCUUUUUUGUUUUUGCACCUGGUGAAACAAAAUACAUCACUGUUAUUUUUUUUGUUAAUGUGAAAAAGACAAAUUCUUUGUUUUACUUGUUCUUAAGAGUAAAUACAUCCUGAGUAUGCCACGGAAAUCCCAUUCUGUCUGUAUGAAAAUUACCUGAAACUUUGAGCUACAUCAUUCACAGAGAUGCAAAUGCCUGAUUUACCUAAGAGAUGCCUAGAAGGCUAGGCUGAAAUUCAGUUUAAACAAGUAGUUGACCAAAGGCUGGGCUAAAAUACAACAUUCAGCUUCACAAAAUUUUAGUCAUCUAUAUACGUAAAAAAUGCUAAGAAACUAGAACAGAAUCUCACUUGUUAUGUUUAAUCAUCUUGAAAAAAUAAAAACUCAUUUUUACUAAUUUAUACAAAACAAUAAUGAUGGAUACUUCAGACAAGUAGGUGUUAAAAAAAGGCAGAAGUUCAUUAGCUCUAACACAAGGCAUGAUUAUUACAGCUACAUGGCUUUUGGACUACAGUCGGCUCUCAUCUAAUGAAUCUAUGUUGUGUAUUUCUGCAUAGUCCCCUGAUUCAUGAGUAUAAUCUUUAUCAAGUUACUCCCUGAUUAACUGUAUGGUGGAGCAAAGAUCAAAAAUAGCAAACUGUAUACUCAGGUAAGAGUUACUUGAAUGGCAGCACCCUAAACCAAAGUUCCCCAAAUGCUCAAGGACAGAGAACACUGGGAACUGCUGAGAAAACACUUUUAUUUUAUCAAAAACAUUUGUCAUAAAUAACAUAAGAGUUUAUUCCAGUGUUUUGCCUAGGAAAGGAUGAUAUGACUAAAGCACUGCACAGAGCUCAGGAGAGUCAAGCUGCUCUGCAAAAACAUGAACAGCAUCAAAGCGAACACAUCCAGAAUGAAGUAGGCUUUUUAGGAAAACAAGCAGAAAGUGCAAUUUAGAAUUAUCAUCCCUGCACAACCUCCUGCAGGCUUUUACAGAUAACACAUAUGGAACAAACGGACAUGAGAUUUGUCUCUAGGAGUUGGGCAUCUUUGGCCCUUAUAAAUUAGAAACACGGUGUGUAAUUUGCAGGCAACCCCACGGAAGAGAUGAGAAUCUUGACUCCAUGUUUCAGAAGGCUGAUUUAUUAUUUUCUGGUAUAUAUUAUAUUAAAAGAAAAUGAUAAAUUAAAACUAUACUAAAGAAAAAGAGAGAAGACAUCAGAUGGCUAGCAAAGAAGGGAAUGAAUAAUAAAAUCUUAUGACUGCUCACAGCCUCGACACAGCUGGCUGUCAUUGGUCAUCAAGUAAAAACAACCACAUGAGACCAAUCAAAGA